AUGGAGAGGCAGAACAGCGCCAAGAGCCGGAAGUCGAUAACCCUGCGCUCCAUUUCGCGCUCCCUUAUCCUCUGCAACAGCAAGAACAGCGACGAGGGAUCGAGCCCGGAGGAGAAGUACCCCAACCCUUUUGAGACUCAGGCAGCCUGGGGCCACGAGGAAAACGGUCCGUGCCCUCGGCUCCAGUUGGCCUGUGCCUCGUUGAGUGACCGAGACCCUCCCGAUCCAGUUAUGAUCGCCGGGGUGAUGCAGCUGAGAUCUGCCCCCGGCGACGGUGGCAAGAACAUGAAACGGAAGUUCUUUGUCAAGGACAGCUGCAUCUGGAAGCUGUGCAUCGCUACUGGGGACGACGGGCUGGGCAUCCAAGUCUCUAGGAGUCCCAACUGCUCUGUUUUCGGAAAAGAGUUCACGGUUAGCCAAGUGAUCGAUGGAGGAGCUGCUCAUAGGGACGGCCGUCUCAGCCUUGGUGACGAACUCCUAACCGUGAACGGACAAUCUCUGAAAGAGCUCUCCAGCAGAGAGGCCCAGUCGCUCGUUCAGUCUGCAAAAGGCUUGGUGAAUUUAGUUGUAGCUAACAAGGAAUCCUCAAUUUGCUCUCACACAGAACAGUCUAGAAACCUGGACGCGCAGAACGGUUCCAUUCUACAGACAAAAGCCAAAUGCCAGAGGACCCGCAGCAAUUCAGCCAGUGUGAGUCCAUACUGGAUCGGGGAAAUAGACAAUCCCGUCUCUAAGAAGUCUGCGUCCCGCUACAGACAGGCGCAUUCUCUUUCCGCAAACCGGAAGUCGCUCUCUCAGCAGCUCGACUAUUCAACAGGAAGAGCCCCUCCUCUUUCCAGAUCGUCACGAUCGCUAAGUACCACCCAGUUGAUACAAGCUUCAUGCGGCCUGCAAGCCUCCGUCAUCUCCAACAUUGUUUUAAUGAAAGGCCAAGGAAAGGGGCUGGGAUUCAGUAUUGUGGGAGGCAAAGACAGCAUUUACGGCCCCAUCGGUAUCUACGUGAAGACCAUCUUUCCUGGAGGGGCCGCCGCUGCAGACGGACGGUUACAAGAAGGGGAUGAAAUCUUGGAACUGAAUGGAGAAUCCAUGCACGGCCUAACACAUUAUGAAGCCUUGCAGAAAUUCAAGGCCAAGAAAGGUCUUCUCACGCUAACAGUGCGGACGAGCCUCAGCUCCCCACACUUGGCAGCCACCUAUUUAUCAUCCCACCUCUGCCGUUCGUUGAGCGCUACCAUGUGCAUCACCAAAGAAAACAGCUCCUUCGGCUCAGAAAGCCCCACGUUCCCCUUAAACGCCACCAAUCCCAAUGACAGGAUCAUCAUGGAAGUUUCCUUAAACAAAGAGGCUGGUGUUGGCUUAGGGAUUGGAUUAUGCAGCAUCCCUUACUUCCAAUGCAUAUCAGGAAUAUUCAUCCACACCCUUUCUCCAGGCUCUGUGGCUCACAUGGAUGGAAGGCUCAGGUGCGGAGACGAAAUUGUAGAAAUCAACGAGGCCUCCGUCCAAAGCAUGACGCUCAACGAGGUUCACGCAGUCCUGAGCCACUGCAACCCAGGCGUCGUGCAAAUUAUAAUCAGCAGACACCCCGACCCACAGGUCUCUGAACAGCAACUUAAUGAAGCCAUUUCACAAGCCGUGGAAAGCAACAAGUUCGGGAGAGAGAGGCCUCAAUGGAGCCCCGAAGGCGUGAAAAGUCUGGAAAACAGUUGGCAUAAGAGACCCCCGGGUGAAAAACACACAGAGAAGAACACCGCUUAUUUCAACCCCCAGCCUCAAAAGCUCAUGAUCCGCUCCAGCAGCGACAGCAGUUACAACCCCCGGCCGUCUUGCGGGAACGGCCUCGCCUACCCGCCGGCCGAUUUGAAAGCCAAAGGGAACAGCAUCGAUGCGCCGGUUACCAGGCAGCCGGGCUCGUCUUCCUCCUCCCGGACCAGCCUGGAGAAGGCCCCUCCGCCGGCUCUCAAAGAAGCGGGCCGCCUCUCCCCGAAUCCCAAAAGGUCCGCGGAGAUCCUGGUGAGAAAACCCCGAUCGUCAAAGCCCAAACCUCCGCCGAGGAAGUAUUUCAAACAGGACUGCCUCAAUAAUGAGGAGACGCCCCGAGAAGGGAAAGAGCAAAACGGAGGGGGUCCUCCAAAUUCACAGGAAGUAAGAGACACGCUGCGGCAGAGAAGUAAAGCAGUUAAAACCCACGGCGCCUUUGCAAGUUCUUUAGCGCUGAGAGCUGCAGAGCCGUCCGGCGUAUGUUUAGCAGCAGCAGAGCAAGAAAAGAAAAACAACAAAGGGAAGACUCUUUCGUCAUCCCAAAGACCUGCCCUCAGAAGGCAAGCAAGGGUAGAUUACAGUUUGGAGUCCAGCACCGAAGACCCUUGGGUCAGGAUUUCGGACUGCAUCAAAAGCUUGUUCAGCCCCGGCAUGCUGGAAGACGGGCGCCCCUUGAGCUUGCUCCCCAACGUCGACGCCAGCGAGGACAGCCAGGCCCCUAACUGCUCCGAGGUGGGCCUGCAGAGAUCGGACACGGAAGAGGCAGAUCCCAAAGCCCCCCGGUCAUCUGACGAAGGUGACUUCGUGAAGAAAGGCCCACCACCGGUAGCGCCUAAGCCAACCUGGUUUCGUCAGAGUCUAAAAGGCUUCAAGAAAGGAAGUUCGGAUACGGUGGCAUCAGCGGGGCAAAAAGCCACUGAGCGCCAGAGCGUUUCUGAUAAUGAACUGGGCUCCAGGCUAAGCCGUACCUCAGCUAGAGGAGCCUCGAUAAAGCAAAGAAUAAGUUCGUUUGAAAGUUUGGGCACUCCACAAUCGCCCGAAAAGGAAAACAGAAAUCUCAGCCCAAAGCAGUCAACCCAAAAUGAAAACUCUCCCAAUAAAAGGGAGUCUAAAUCUGCCCCGGUGCAUCUGAACCAAAUUCCUUUGGGGUAUACGGACCACCCAAGUGCCGAAAGCUCUUGUCUCCAGGCAUGUCUGGAUCCAAAUCUCCCCGAUUCCUUUUCUUGUUCAAGAGAGAAGCGCAGCUCCAGUUCAAAAACCAUUAGCAGCACCAUCCCCGCACUGCCUUUGAGCCCGCUCCCCUCGCAAGGCAUUGAGCCCAACUCACACGUCACAAAAACGCCGAGCCAGAGGGCCCGGAGCUUUCCCCUCACCUCGGCCCAGUCCUCCGAAAUGCUGAAGGCGGCAGAGGAAAAACGCAGCAAAAUCUAUUCGAUCAGCAGUCACGUCUCAUCGGCUUUGAUGAAAUCGUUGCAUUCCCUUCCUCAGUCUCCGCUGAGUUCUGGGAAAAAUCCGGGGAGGUCACAGGACAGGUUGCCGAAGCCCCACGCAGAUGAGAACGGGAUCUCUCUCUUUCACGCAAAUGAAACUUCUUCCUCUGACACCAGCUUUUCCCUGAACCUGUCAGAGCUGAGGGACUACGGUGCAAAUUUGGCAGAGAAUGAAAAAGAGGAAGACAGGCAGUGCAGCGGUUCAUCUCAGGCUUUGGGUGUCUCGGGGCAGACGGUCAUCUCUCUCCUCACCCCUGAAGAACUGAGAAAUCUCAUGGAGGAGGUGAAGACUUUGGACAAGGCAACGUUAAAACAACUCAGCGAUAUUCACGUCACAAUUCUACACAAGGAAGAAGGUGCUGGACUUGGUUUCAGCCUCGCUGGAGGAGUAGACCUAGAAAACAAAGCUAUUACCGUUCACAGAGUCUUUCCCAGUGGGUUAGCAGCCCAAGAAGGAACCAUUCAGAAAGGAGACGAAGUCUUAUCGAUCAACGGAAAGUCCCUCAAGGGCACCGCUCACAACGAGGCGCUGGAGAUCUUAAGAAGGGCUCGGCACCCGAAGCAAGCCGUGAUCGUCACAAGGAAACCUCAAAAGGGAGAAACAAGCUUCAACCUGUCGGUCGACUCCUCUGCAUCGGAAACGUCAACAGAUUCUACAUCCGAAGACAUAAUCUUCACCGUUCGGUUGGAGAAGACGUCCGCAGGCUUAGGAUUUAGUUUAGAAGGUGGGAAAGGCUCCAUCCACGGGGAUAAGCCCAUAACCAUCAACAGACUUUUUAAAGGGGUAGCAUCGGAACACAGCCCCAUGGUUCAGCCAGGAGAUGAGCUACUGCAGGUACACACAAACCUGAUGCAAGGACUGACCCGUUUUGAAGCCUGGAACGUUAUCAAGACGUUACCCGACGGACCUGUAACAGCGGUCAUCAAGAGAAAAAAUUCCAGGGCCAGAUCGGCCGAAUCUCUUCGGGGAGAAGAAUAA